UUAUAACCAAUCGAUAAUUAUCUAUUGUCAUGCAACUAAGAGAUCAUUUUACAAUUUAAUAGAAAAUGAAAAGGUAUAAAACUAUGGACGUAGUCGUUGUGCUUGUAUCCAAAGAUGGUGUCGUUUGGAAGUGCCUGCUUUCUGUCGUUCUCCGUAUUGUGCUUUAGAGAUAUUCUCUGUGUUGUACCUCAUGCCCAAAUAAAAGGAAAUGUUGAGAAUUUCCUCAAGUUGACCCCAUGGAACUGGAAGCACCUGAACACGGCAUUCAAAGUGGACUCGCCCGUUUCUGUGGACAUAUCUCUCAUAUCACGCUACAGACUUACAGGAGGGAAACACAAGUAUCAGAACCUCAGAAAAAGAGAUUGUGCAUCCAUUCUGAAAAUUAUACCCUCAACAAGAGGAAGAAAUGGCGUCUACACUGUUUACCCGGAUAUGAAAACAAAGAAAUCGGUGUACUGUGAUAUGACGACAGGCGGAGGCGGUUGGAUGGUUAUUCAAAGGAGAAUCGAUGGAACUGAGAAUUUUUACAGGACCUGGAAGGAGUACAAAGUCGGAUUUGGCAGAGCUGAUGGAGAAUACUGGCUAGGUAAUGAAGUAAUUCAUAAACUAACCACAAGAAGACGGCAAGAAUUAAGAGUGGACCUUCAAAACUUCUCAGGCCAGAAGGCAUAUGCCAAGUACUCAACGUUUUCUUUGGGAAGCGAGUCCUAUAAAUACCGCUUGACAGCAAAUGGCUACAGCGGGACUGCAGGGAAUAGCUUAGAAUAUCACAAUGGGAGACCUUUUUCCACGAGGGAUCAAGACAAUGACUCGUGGAAGAAUUCCUGUGCUGUGAAUAGGAAAGCUGGGUGGUGGUUUGGAGACUGUGACAAUUCUGAUCUGAACGGAAUUUAUCAUAAAUCCGCUGUCAAAACGUGGGCCUGCGUUCUUUGGUACAAAUUUGGAAAUGUUAAUCGUUCCAUGAAGCAUGCUAGAAUGAUGAUCAGACCCAGCAGUUAGUUAUUGUGAAUUAAAGUAAUAUAAUGUU